CCAAGCCACCGGUGGGACAUUUGCGGUUUGCCCCACCGGCACCGGCUGAACCAUGGAGCAGUCUCAGAGAUGCAACAUCCUACCCACCCAUGUGAGUCCCAACAGUAGGAUCUUUCAAGGUCCCUCCAAGAAAGAACCGUGCACUUUCACAGGAAUGUUAGAAGGCUUGAAAACUCCACAGGGAAUCAUUUGUCCUACUGGGGAAACUUAUAUAAACUAUAUAUAUAAGAUCCCCCAAUGGAGCAAACAGCAGCUCCGUGGGUCUUGUUUCAGGAGGGAGAAACAGUGAGGGUGGAAGCAGUGAGGGCCCCUUCUCCCUGCCCUAUAUAUACACCCAAUCCAAAUCAGGCCUCCCUUGCUCUCCUGGAUAUCCCAGAGCAUGUCUGGUAGACCAGAUCAGUAGGGCUGCCAGGUCCCUCUCCCCUCCCGCCAGCAAGGUAGGGAACCUGGCACUUACUUCGUGUCAGGCAUGCGUUCCUUUUUCACACAUGCACACCCUGGAGCUGACGAGGUGACAUCACUGCGCCACCCAUGGGAGAGCUUAUGAGAUGUUCUUUUGAGAAGCCAACUGCUUCAACCUUGAGCUGGUAAGAAGCUAGCUAGGCCGAAGCCCUUAAAUGAUGCAACUGCAAAAAAAAAGAAAAAAAAGAGCUCAUUAUUUUACACAUUUAACCCUUUCAAGGGGAAGCAAGAUGUUAACUCGCCUCACACCUGUGGUUGUUACACCCUUUGUCAUAGUGGGAACAUGUGUUGACCCAAUCAAGCCUUUCACACAAAUUGCAAUUAUUUUACAGCAUGAAAACGUGUAAUCAUUAAGUAGGGUUGCCAAACUCCACGUGGGGCCUGGAGAUCUCCCAGAAUUACAGCUUAUCUCAAGACUACAGAGAUCCGUUCCAUUGGGGAAAAUGGCUGCUUUGGAAAGCGGACUCCAUGGCAUCGUGUCCCUGCUGAACUCUUCCCAAACCCUGCCCUCUCCAGCUUCUACCCCCAAGUCUCCAGGAAUUUUCCAACCCAAAGUUGGCAACCGUAAGGCUGGGCCACCAGGGACUGGCUAAUGUCUGACAGAUGUCUUGCUUCGUGUCUAUUGGGUGCCUGCAGGAUCCAGUGAUCGUACAAUCUGAGUCAGAUGCUUUUACAACCAGCAAAGAACAUGUUCCAUUGACUAUUUCUGAGGACUGUUUGUAUUUAAAUGUCUACACAGUGGCUCGUUCAGUUACAAAACCCAAGUUACCGGUAAUGGUUUGGAUUCAUGGAGGGGGGUUAUUGUUGGGUGCAGCCUCCACAUAUGAUGGGUCGGUGUUAGCUGCUUCUGAAGACGUGGUCGUUGUAGCGAUUCAAUACCGGCUGGGCAUCCUUGGCUUUUUUAGUUCUGGUGACGCAACAGCUCGUGGAAACUGGGGCUUUCUCGACCAAGUGGCAGCUCUCCAGUGGAUCCAAGAGAACAUUGCAGCAUUUGGAGGUGAUCCAGGAUCUGUUACUGUAUUUGGUGAAUCUGCAGGUGGAAUCAGCGCUUCUGCUCUGGUCUUAUCUCCACUGGCAAAAGGAUUGUUCCAUAAAGCCAUCUCUGAAAGUGGUGUGGCCAUCAUUGAUGUUCUCCUAGACUUUCAUCCUGCAGAGCUAGCUAAGAAAAUCACUGAAUCCGCUGGCUGUGAAACGUCAAGCUCCAGCGAGAUGGUUCGUUGUCUCAAAGGGAAGACAGAAGAUGAAAUUUUGCAGACCACCCUCAAGAUGGAUUUUACUACUGUCCAUCUGGAAGAAGAUGAAAAACACGUUGUGUUUUUCCCGGCAGUUGUUGAUGGUGUGUUUUUUCCCAAGUCACCCAAGUUGCUUCUAGCAGAGAAAAAAAUCAAUAAUGUACCCUUCGUGAUUGGGGUCAAUAACCAUGAGUACGGAUGGAUCGUUCCGAGUAUUCUCCAGUAUCCAGAUUUCACAAGAGGCCUAGACAGAGCAACAGUAAAUACUGUGAUUCGUGGCUCAGAACAAUUCACGACUGUUGCCCCCGAAUAUGCUCACAUCAUUCUCGAUGAAUAUCUGAAGGAUAUUGAGGACCCCAUACAACUGCGGGACCAACUUCUUGACUUGUUUGGAGAUGUGGUCUUCGUGGCUCCUAGCAUUCAAACAGCGAGAUUCCACAGAGAUGCUGGAUACCCAACCUAUGUGUACGAAUUCCAGCAUCGUCCAAGUUGGUACGAAGCUCUUAAGCCGGACUUUGUGAAAGCGGAUCAUGGUGAUGAAAUUGCCUUUGUCUUCGGAAUGCCCUUCUUGGAAGAUAAUGCUAAUGAAGAAGAGAGAAACCUGAGCAAAAUAAUCAUGAAAUACUGGGCUAACUUUGCUCGCACUGGGAACCCUAAUGGAGACGGCCUGACAGCGUGGCCCAAGUACGACCAGAAAGAACAAUAUCUGGAAAUCGGCUUGAAGCAAAAGGUGUCAAAGAAGCUGAAAGAGAAGCAAGUUGCCUUCUGGACCAAGACCUUGCCUGAAAAAAUAGCUGAAAGCAGAAGAGCACGCACAGAGUUAUAAGCCCUCCGUGGUGUCGAGAGGCCAUUUUGCUAUUGAAAAGUUAAAUUAAUUUGUUUAUUGUUUCAGAGAACUUUUAUCUUGGGUUGCAAUGUUGGUCAAUCGACUCAUCAAAUAUUGUUAACUGUUCACGGAAACAUAGAAACAUAGAGCUGGAUGGGAUCCCAAGGGUCAUCUAGUCCAGCCACCUGAACAACACAGGACAUCCCCACUCCUCCACUUGAAGCCAGCUGGGUGACCUUGGGCUAGUCACUGUUCUCUGGAGCUCUCUCAGCCCCACCCACCUCACAGGGUGUUUUGUUG